AUGAUCUAUAAUAAAGUCUUUGCCGCUGUGGCUCUAGGCCUAGCCGCUACCGUUUCUGCAGCACCAUCGCAUAUUAAGGAGCUCCAGGAUCGAGCAAAUUGGAGAUUCAAUCCCAACAUUUUCUUGUUCCCGGACGGAGCUUGUACGCAGAAGCCGAUAUAUUCGAAACCUACGACUGGACAAGAUCCACUCGCUUGCGUCAAUUUCGACCAGAAGCUCUACGGCGCUCAUGUGCUGACGGAUUCUUACCAUGGCUGUACCAUAUACUUCUUUGAGGGUAGAGACUGCCAAGGAAAUUCGGUUACCUGGUCCAUUCCUAAGGGUGACCUCUGGUCGGAAACAUGUUAUCCCAUUGCGAACAAUAAUCAAGGUGCAUUCGUGCUUACCGAAGGAGUUCACAGCUUCUUCCUUGCCCUUGAUUAG